AUGCUUUAUGUUUUGAAUUCCAUGAAACCCAAAGCUUCUGUUUCUCUAAUUCAAAUUCACCUGAGGUGUGCAUCCUCAUUAAUGCAAGCCCACCUGAAACAACCUUUUUCUCAUAACCCAUUCUUAAAAUCAGAUAGAAACAUCCUCAUAAACCGACUCUGUAGAGACAAUAAAUUGAAAGAAGCCAUAGACGUUUUAUGCCAACAGGGACAAUUGAAGCAAGAAAGUCAAAUCCUAGACGUUUUAGAUCAUUCUUUAACCUGCCCAUCUGCUUCAAUAUAUUCUUCCCUUCUACAACUAUGCCUUCAACAACGAGCACUCGAGGAAGGUAGAAGGGUCCAUAACCACAUUACGAGAUCCCGUUUUGGUCCUGGGGUGUUUAUCUGUAAUCGCCUCCUUUUCGUGUACACGAAGUGUGACAGCCUGGUCGAUGCCCAGAAGCUGUUUGAUGAAAUGACUGAUAGGGAUUUGUGUUCUUGGAACACCAUGAUUGCCGGUUAUACAAAGAUGGGUCAGCUCAAUAAAGCUCGCCAACUGUUUGAAGAAAUGCCUGACAAGGAUAAUUUUUCUUGGAGUGCAAUGAUCUCCGGGUAUGCUCGCAAUGACCAACCCAGGGAAGCUUUGGAGUUGUAUAGAAAAAUGCAAAGAAACGAAAAACUGAAAUGUAACAAGUUCACGGUAUCUAGUGCUCUUGCGGCUUCUGCUGCUGUUCCGUGCCUUCAGAGUGGGAAAGAGAUUCAUGGUCAUAUACUUCGAACUCUGUUGGAUUCAGAUGACGUAGUUUGGAGUGCAUUGUCAGAUAUGUAUGGGAAAUGUGGAAGUGUAGAUGAAGCGCGGCACAUCUUUGAUAAGAUGUUGGACCGAGAUGUUGUUUCAUGGACUACGAUGAUAGGAAGAUACCUUGAAAGUGGGAGAAUGAAAGAGGGGUUUGAGUUAUUCUCUGACCUUUUGAGUUCAGGGGUCAGACCUAAUGAAUUUACAUUUGCUGGGAUUUUGACUGCUUGCUCAACUCAAGCUGCAGAGGAUGUUGGGAAACAGGUCCAUGGGCACAUGACUCGGAUUGGGUUUGAUCCGGUCUCAUUUGCUGCUAGUGCGCUUGUCCAUCUGUAUUCGAAGUGUGGAAACAUUGAGAGUGCACAAAAAGUUUUUAAAACAAUGCCUCAACCAGAUCUGGUCUCCUGGACUUCCAUGAUUGUUGGUUAUGCACAGAAUGGUCAACCCGAGGAAGCUGUUCAGUACUUUGAAUUGCUACUCAAAUCAGGUACUAAGCCUGAUCAUGUUACAUUUGUUGGGGUCCUUUCUGCAUGCACCCAUGCUGGAUUAGUUGAUAAAGGCUUUGAGUAUUUCCGUUCAAUUAAAGAGAAACAUGGGUUGACAUACACAACUGAUCAUUAUGCUUGCAUAGUUGACCUGCUUGGUCGUUCUGGCCGAUUUGAGGAAGCUGAAGAGAUUAUUGAUAAUAUGCCAAUGAAGCCUGAUAAGUUCUUAUGGGCGUCAUUACUUGGUGGUUGUAGAAUUCAUGCAAACCUUAGACUGGCAAAACGAGCUGCAGAAGCAUUGUUUGAAUUAGAGCCUGAGAAUGCGGCGACCUAUGUCACAUUGGCCAACAUCUAUGCCACCAAUGGCAUGUGGGACGAAGUGGAGAAGAUCAGAAUGACUAUGGAUGACAGAAGGGUGGUUAAAAUACCAGGUUCAAGUAAGAUCAAGAUCAAAGGAAAGGUCCAUGUAUUCUUGGUGGGAGACGAAACACACCCCCAAACUGAGGAAAUCCAUGAAUUUCUGGAGAAUCUGUCAAUUAGAAUUAAGGAAGAAGGGCAUAUUCCUGACACAUAUUUCGUACAGUAUGAUAUGGGAGAAGAGCAUAAGGAUAUUGACACUGUCAAGAUAUAAAGAUAAAAGGCCCAACAGCUAGUGAAGAACUUGAAGAAUAUUACCUGAUGCAGAAUGACUGGUGGCUGGGGGUAGUAGUUGUAUCAACUGCGUCUGAUUUAGUUCUGCUAGUUGGGUACCGGCUUAUAUAUACGGGACCCCACUU